CGCUGAGGCUGUUCCAUCACUCGGCCCCCUCCCCCCGCAGCGCAGCGCCACUCGGGGCGGUUCAGACCCGCCCACAUCUCAAUAGUUUAGGAAAACUGCUGAACUCGGUCCGCUUCGUGCCUGCUCGCUUCACGUCGGUCUGGCUGUGACAGAAGAUGUUCCUGCUCAAAAAGGUGAUCAGCGGCGUCGUUGAUGUGGUCAGCAACAUCGACCCGGCCCAGUUCGCCCCCUCCGAUCCUCCCCCGCCUCGCAGGCCGCUGGCAUACGCAGAGCAGAAUGAAAGUGAAGAGGAUAAACAGUUUCGCAGAGUCUUCAAGCAGCUGGCUGGAGAUGACAUGGAGGUGAGCCCCCCAGAGCUGAUGAACAUCCUGAACAAAAUCAUUUCCAAGCACGGUGACCUGAAGACGGAUGGCUUCAGCAUAGAGUCCUGCAGGAGCAUGGUGGCCGUCAUGGAUAGUGACAGCACCGGAAAACUGGGCUUCGACGAGUUCAAGUAUCUCUGGAACAACAUCAAGAAAUGGCAGGCCGUGUACAAGACCUUCGACUCUGACCACUCCGGCCUGAUCAGCGCAGAUGAGCUGCCAAGAGCUUUCACGGCUGCUGGGUUUCCUCUCAACGACCAGCUCUUCCAGAUGAUCAUUCGAAGAUACAGCGACGAAAAUGGGAACAUGGAUUUUGACAACUACAUUGGCUGCCUUGUGAGGCUGGAUGCCAUGUGCCGUGCCUUCAAAACCCUUGAUAAGGACGAUAAUGGAACCAUAAAGGUCAACAUCAAAGAGUGGCUUCAGUUGACCAUGUACUCCUGAGUGCUGAUGGUGCCUCUCCUGCCUGGAUUAGUAAACCGUCUUGUCUACAUAGAGCAAUUUUUUAAAAAUUCAAAUCACCCACAACUCCUUUGGUUACUUAAAGCUCCCCUAACCCCCCAUGUGCAUGAAGCUACAUGUGAGGGAUGAUUCACGCUUCUGUCAUGUUUUUUCCUGAUAAGUUUCUGAAAUGCACUGUGACGAGAGUAAAAGCACUCAUUUAGAGUCGCCUCAACCCUGAAAUGAAAAUCCUGAACUUGGAGCUGACAGGUGAAGCACCUUUCCUCUGCAGCGCAGGUCGUCAUCCAGCUCUUCCAGUUUUUCAAGAAACAUUCACACCUUUACAAUUCAGUGCUGCAUUCUAAGAAAUCUGGGAGAGCCUACUGUUGACUGCAGAAUGGGAGUAAACACGGGCGGGACGUUGGGCUGUGGUCUGCUGCAUGAACCAACACCCGCCCACGUAGGUGCUUCUACCUGUUAGACCUUCUCAGAUGCUUUCCCUUCCUGUUUUGGUGUGUGUGUGGAAUGACGGCUCUCAUACUGGUUUGGUUUACGUAUUUGCCAACAGGUUUCUUGGAAAGCUGUGAGCAGCACAGAAACACAACUUCUUCUGUUAGGUGUGGUGCAUUUAGCCGGUAAAGCUUUUUAGCUCUUUUAGACGGUCCUAAUCCAGCUGCUCUGGUAUUUUAAAUGUAUUGCUGUGAUCUUCAGCCACAAAUGUUCUAUCUACACGUAACUCCUGUAAAGGCUUCUUUAUGUUCGGUGAAUGCUCCUCUACAUAAGCCAGAUAUGCUGUCGUUGCCAUUUGUCACUUUACAAGCUAGUGCCAGCACAAUCUGUGCAUUUAUACGGAAGAGACGCCACUGAUGCAUGAGGUCACACUUUUGCUGAGAAUGUGUGCCAUAUUUGAAAUAAACUUUUCUUUUAUGACAAAGAC